AUGAGUUCGUUUCGCAAAGUGUCGGACAUCAAGCUUGAUAUCGAGAAAUCAGUCAAACGUGAAGGGACCUUUGAUGUUGUGAGGAAGCAGGCAUUUGCUAUUGUUAACUCCGAUGGAUUCCUUGACGAUUUGCAGAAAAGGGUAGCUGUAGACAUCCGUAACAUGGUACGAUGCAAUCCUGAACGCUUGUCCAAAGAAGAUCUGAGGAGUAUGAUUAGGCAUCAUCUGCGCACAAAGUACGUGCCUGAGAUAGCCGACAAGGUAAACUCCUCGGUAGAUAGAGAAUGGUUGAAGUCGCAGUUGGCAGAUAACGUCAAAGAGAAGGUCAACAAGGCCCUCAUGGUUCAAGCUGUAAUGGAGGGUAAAGUGUCUACGGAUUCUUUCGAUUUUGGGCAUCUCGUCAGUUCCGUUAAUUCCGGUCAAGCCUCUAGUAGUGACAACUUUGGUAGUGCAAAUUCAUGUUCAGAUAUGUCUGUUUCUGACAUCGCAUCUGACACAUCAUAUGUUGAUGUUAUGAAUUAG